AUGAGGCUUUUUCCUUUGGAAGAGAUGUCUGCUGUAGGGACGUCGCGGAGCGGUAGAAGUGCAUUGAAGUCCCCUUUGACGGCUGAAUGGCCGGCGGCUGCGGAGUUGGUGAAUAGCCGACAGCGGAGCGCCAGGACAUCCCCAACUGAGCGCUGGUCUAAGCUAACCGUGCAGCCGCCGCCGGGUAACACCACUGAAGCAGCUUGCUCGCUGGGCCCCAGGCGAGAUGAACCGCGCCUCGCAAAACAGGUGGGUAUCCGCCCGCCCGCCAACGUUCAAGCGAGGGGCGGUAAAAAUGGCGUGGAGUUGUUAGCUCGCUGCCUGGGACGCUACCAAGAAAUUGCCCUGAAGUGCAAGGAGAGUUCUGUUCAGUUAGCGAAGAUAGAGGCGGAACGGCGAUGGCAACUCGAGGAAAUGGCAAGGUUUUCAGAAGAAAUAAAGGCCAAAGUGGAUCAACUCCACGUGUUGGAGGGGCAAAUAUCAGGCGCACUUGCAGAAGAAUCGAGGGAAAAUGGGCGUCUCAGAGAAAUUGCUGCACGGCGAGGAUACAUAUGA